AUGGCGCCCGUCACGGCUUUGUCUUCGCAUGAGCGAACACGAGUCGAAGAUUAUUUGAACGACAAAAUUCAGGUUUCUGCUGAUCUUGAGAGCCUGGAUUCGCUGUUGUCUGGUCUCCGCGCGCAACAGGAGCUCCAACGGAAGCAGCUAUCGGAAGCCGGAGAAGCACUGUCGAAUGCUACAAAAGCCUCUCAUGAACAUGCGGAAGCCACUCGAAAACAUGCCGAGGCAUUCGCCGCAGAGCAAGAGGACAUCGACCGGCGGCUCAAGACCAUCACACAAUCCGAGACCAGCGACCAAGCGGCGCGAAGCCUCGAGAAGAGCAUGGAGAAACUUCAGCGACUUGAAAUAUCCAAGGGCUAUGUGGAAUUGCUCAAGGAAGCUGAGGAGUUGAGCAAGCAAGCGUUAGAAAGCGUUGCCUCCGAACCGCGUGCGGCUCUGGGCCCAUAUGCCCGUCUACGAAAGAUUGUUGGGCUGUUGAAAAAUGCCCAACCCGCCGCCGAAGGAGCAGCUCCUCACCUCGUCGAUUAUACGGACAAACUGGCUUCUGCGCUAAGGGAGCAGAUAAAGAAAUUCUUUGGAGACCAGUUACAAAACACACUACAGGAACUGAAGUGGCCGACGCGUGAAUUGAAUCUUACUGAUGAGCUCUUGACUCGUUGGAGACAGGAUGUUGAAUUGCUGCUCGAUCUGCAAACCCCGGAACUUGAGAGCCGCGAUACAAUCGCGCCAGGCGUUAGCCUCCAACCACCGGUCUUAUUCCCACUCGAGGUUAUGGUCCACCAUUUGGAUCUGCGAUUCAAGUAUCACUUCAGUGGCGAUAAGCCAACAAACCGGCUUGACAAGCCGGAAUACUUCCUUUCGCACAUAAUGGACCUCAUUAAUCAACACGCCGGAUUUUUCGCGUCCUACUUGCAGCCCAUCUUCGACGACAGAGCCGAGGUGGUUGGGCCCAGCCUGGAAUGGAACUUUUACAAUGCUUCGCAUAGUUUCAUCACGGCCCUGCUUCCCAUGCUGACCCAAAAGAUCAGCCUGUUCCUUCCUCAAAUUUCAACAUAUCCUCAAUUGCUCAGCCAUUUCAUCCACGAGCUGAUGAAGUUUGACAACGAGGUCCGAGAUACGUGGAGUUAUCUGCCAGAUCCGUAUGCGGAAGAUAACUGGAAAGGUAUGACAUGGGAAGUAUUGACCAAACAGGGCUGGUAUGACCGAUGGCUGCAGGUCGAGAAGGACUUUGCACUGGUGCGAUACAAAGAUAUCAUCGACACCGCAGACAGUGGAGAAAUUGACUAUGAUGGUAUGGAUAUUGCUGCGUCCAAGCCAACGAAAGCUGCAAUUCGCGUCAAUGAUCUCCUUGAAACCAUCACAGAGCGCUACCAACCUCUGUCGUCCUUCAGUCAGAAGCUACGCUUCCUCAUUGAUAUUCAAAUCACUAUCUUCGAUCAAUUCCACGAGCGUCUUUCCUCUGCAUUGGAAGCAUACCUCGCCAUGACAUCGACAAUUGGACGCACCGUACAGGGCGCCGACGGACAGGCCAGCGUGGAAGGAGUCGCUGGCCUAGAACGGCUUUGCCGAGUCUUCGGCAGCGCUGAAUAUCUCGAACGAAAGAUGGAAGACUGGAGCAACGACGUCUUCUUCGUUGAACUUUGGUCUGAACUCCAAGACCGUGUUCGACAAAACCAGAACAGCGGGCGAAACGUGGCCGGUGCAAUGUCCGUCGCCGAGGUAGCAUCACGCACCUCCCCCGCUGUCGCCCACAGCGGCACUCAGAUCGAGACCUCGUCUGAUGGCGCCCUCUUCGACGAGACAGCCUCGGCCUACCGCAGACUCCGACUCCGCUCCGAAACCAUCAUCACAUCUACUUUGUCCGCAAACAUCUUGAACGCCCUCAAGCCCUAUUCUCGAGUUUCCACCUGGGCAACACUAUCAACCCCCUCUGCUACGGCCACCGCAUCUCCCCUCUCGCCCACCUCCGAUUUAGCUGCUGCAAUGCGUGCUUUGUCCAUGCAGCUAUCUCUUCUCUCCCGCGCACUCGGAACUGCUCCACUGCGACGGGUUUUGCGCCAACUUCUGCUCUCUAUCCAGUCCUGGAUCUGGGAUAACGUGCUGCUCAAACACAAUUUCUCGGCGACCGGAGCGGCUCAACUUGCCAGUGACGUGGAUCAUCUCUGCAGCGUCGUGGACUCUGCGACAGGCCCCUCAAAACAUGCAGGAAUCUCACUGCAAACCAUCAAAAGGCUUACCGAGGGCCUGCGCCUUCUUUGCUUGAGCGCGACUGACAAUGGAGAGGUAUCUCCAGAAGAAGAUUCUACGCCGAGGCUGUGGGAUGUAGAAAACAAGCUGUUCAGAGAUAAUGAGAGUGCGCGGGGUGUGCUAGCCGAAUUGGGAAUUGACACCCUGUCAGAAGCCGAGGCCCGUUCUGUUCUGGAGCGGCGAGUCGAGGUCGGCAACUGA